AUGAAUUGCAAUGCUAUAAUUUAUGUUACGAAAGUGUUUCAUUUCUCAAUGCCAAAUGCAUGUUUAGGUCCUGCAAAUGUGCAAGCAACAAUAUUUUCUGCUUAUCACGUAGAGAGUUUUAUGAAGAAACGAAAUAAAAAAUAUUUUGUCGCAUUGCAAAUUAAAUUAGUGAAUGUUUGA